CAUAGUAGCUCGGUGAGGACCGGAUAUAUCCAAAUACCUACUGUCAAUUCCAUUCAAUCUUUGAAGAGAUCAAGUGCCAGCCAGCUGCGCAUUUCUUCGCCAGCUUUUACUUCUUCAAGAAUUUCAAGUCAAAUUUCUGAACCGAUCCCUCGUCAUGGGCAUUCCGGCGGGAGACGUUGAAAAGGGCAAGAAAGUGUUUGUCCAACGCUGUUCGCAGUGCCACACGGUCGAAGCCGGUGGCAAGCACAAAAUUGGGCCGAAUCUACAUGGAAUCUUCGGACGCAAGACUGGUCAGGCUGCUGGAUUUUCAUAUACCGAUGCCAACAAGAACCGGGGCAUUACUUGGAAUGAGGACACACUGUUCGAGUAUCUGGAAAACCCAAAGAAGUAUAUUCCGGGGACUAAGAUGAUCUUUCCGGGCAUGAAGAAGCCCGGCGAGCGUGCUGAUUUGAUUGCAUACCUGAAGGCGUCGACCUAAGUAAUGGGGAGGAGUUGGACUUUGAGGACGUGUAAUGGACAUUUCAUACUUGUUUGAAUAUA